UUCAUGAGGAGUUGGGCUGGACUAUCACAGUCCCGACUCCCGAGUAUCAAACGGGAAGAAAAUAAAUUAGACAUAUUCAACUGUUUCCAUCUACAUUUUCCCUUUCUUCUUCUUCUUCUUCUUCUUCUUCUUCUAGAUUUGGCUCUUUAAUUCCCAAAGGUGCAAUUAUCGUUCAAAAUUACAACCAAACUGACCAGUUAGCAUUGAAUGCCAGAACUGGAGCUCUAACAAUUUGCUUGGUAGAACCAGAGUGUAACCCUAACAUUCAUUUCAUGGCAAAUACAUCACGCUCUUAUUUGACGUGUAUACGAAACACACUGGAAGCUGCUAUGUGCUUGCAGAAUUUUCCUUGCCAAGAAGUUGAAAGACAUAACAAGCCGGAGGUUGAGCUAAAAACCAGCCCAGAACUUCUACUAAAUCCUGUGUUGAUCUGUCGAAAUGAGGCUGAAAAAUGCUUAAUAGAGAUAUCCAUUAACUCCCUGCGCAUAAGUAUCAAGGUUAAGCAGGCAGAUGAGCUUGAAAACAUACUAACGAAGAAAUUUCUUAGAUUUUUGUCGAUGAGGGCAGAAGCUUUUCAAGUAUUGAGGAGAAAACCUGUACAGGGAUAUGACAUUAGUUUUCUUGUUACAAACUAUCACUGCGAAGAUAUGCAAAAGCACAAGCUUAUAGAUUUUAUUGUGCAAUUCAUGGAGGAUAUUGACAAGGAGAUAAGUGAGCUGAAGAUGUCCGUGAAUACACGAGGAAGACUUGUCGCAACAGAAUUUCUUAAACAAUUUUUGUGAUAUCCCGUCCAGGCGCACUAAUGCCUCAAGAGUUCUGAACACUUACAGGGGACUCCUUUGUCUGGAGAGAUCAGACAUGUUAUACAAGGCUUUCUCCCAAAUCAUCCAGCUUAGUAUUUUUGUAAACAUGUAAAAAUGGAAUUAUGUACUACAUAUUUUAUUGUUAUUUUCUUCACUUCCAGUGUUAAUUGUAACGAUCUGUGAUUCUGUGGUCACUGGUCAUUUAUUU